AAUGCAGGUAUUUCGGAGAAAGUUGAAUAGCAAUGAAUAUACCAUUAUAAAGUUAAUAAUUAAUACAUUAGAUUGCAGCAGGUCUUUUAUCGGUAUUGUAAUAAUAGCUCAGGCGCACAUUAUUUUCAACAGGUGAAGAUGUUCCCACGACUUCAGGUUGCGCAUCCCUUUCGUUGUAUAUACAUACAUACAUACAUACAUACAUACAUACAUACAUAGUACAUAUAAAGGAAGGCCCAAAAAAUGUAAGUGAACGUUCUCGUGCAUACCGGGUCCAUCGUAUGAAACGGGUCCCUAUAUGGAUUAAUCUAAUGGAGGAUGAUUCAAAGAUUCUUAAGAUCACCCUGUAUAAGUCGUAUAUAAGGAUGAGCUGGAUGCUGAUGUUCUAUUCUCCACAGAACCGUCGUGAAAGUUCCGUUAGAUUUCUUUCAAAAUUUCAAAAAAAAUUCACUCAUCAUAAAUUACCUGUAAAUUCUUUAUCCAAAGAUGUGAUUUAUCACGUUAAUCUUUUAAUCUUGAUAAAUGAUACAACAGAGAAAAGGACUUUGAAAAAGUGCAUCUUUAAUUAUUAAUUGUGAUAAUUAUAGUGUUGCCAAAAUGCGUUUGCAGUUUUCCAAAAGUGUUAGCAACAAGAACACCUUAUACGUAUGCAUUGGCACACCUUAGAAGAUAUUGUGCAAGAGAAUCUGUUGGCCGCAUGCGCGGUUGUAAUUUUAUGCUGCAUUUUGAAGCUAACCAUCGCUGGUGUUCUUCAACAGCGGUUUCCUUGUGCACCAGUUGAUGCAAUUACUGGAAAUGGUGCCGCAGUACCAGUGGCUUGCGCCCUGAAAUCAAUCGGAAGUAAAGUAGAACCUGCGCUUCCGACUUACGUCAAGGUCUCCGCUCCGAUCGCGUAUAGGCCAUUGCCGAAGACGUCGUCACUGGUGUACAUUGCCCCGCCAAUUUUUAAAACAGCCUCAGCUGUCGUUGCCACUGAAACAAAAAGCGAAAAUCAACCGGAAUUCGCCGCAUACCCAAAAUAUUCCUUUAAUUAUGGUGUCCUGGAUGGAUAUACAGGAGAUUCAAAGUCAGCCUGGGAAGAAAGGGAUGGUGACACUGUAAAAGGCGAAUAUUCUGUGGUCGAGGCAGAUGGGUCCAUUAGAACGGUCACUUAUACGGCUGAUGACCAUAAUGGCUUCAACGCUGUCGUUACAAGGAACGAACCGCCGAAGAAUUCGAGGCAAGAAGUUAAUGUGAAAAGAUUUCUACCGGUUACGAUUCUUCCCGAUUCUCAUUAGGAGACAAAUCAAUUACUCAUCUGUCUUUCAUGUUAAUCGUUCAAUCACAUGUCAAGAAAAGAAAAAUUCAAGAGAUGAUUACUUUUCUUAUUUGGAAAAAUUACAAUCCCUUUCUUUAUUAACAAUAUUUUAUUUAAAUAUAGUAGAUACAAAAAAUAUUUUUUUCAAAUUUUUUUAUCACUUUUUCCUUAAAAAUUCAUUUUCACAACUAUGAAUAAUUAAAAUUUACGAGGAUGAGAGAAACUUACGUUCUAUUAUUAAGAUAUAAUACUGCUAAAAAUAAGAUUUAUCUGCAAAGAAAAAUUUGCUUGAAAUUAAUUGGAAUCAUCAUUAUUAUUAUUUUUCUUUUUACAACUAUUUCAGUAUUUUUCAAUACUCUAUUUGCUUUGUAUUUUACAUUAUGAUAGAAUAGAGAGCUUUAUACAGAAGAAAUGACAGUCUAUAAAGUAGUCUUUUAUAAUAAUAAUAAUAAUAGAACAGAUCAAUCACAUAAAAAUGACUAUUUCUAAUCCUUGGCAACAGAUUCUGUAUUUGUCAUGAAAGAAAAGAAUAAAACCUAAAAACAAUGUGA